AUGGAGGGUGCUCUGGUGAGUGUGGCGACGGGGACCCUGAAACCCGUCCUGGGGAAGCUGGCUUCUCUGAUGGGCGACGAGUACAAGCGUCUCAAGGGGGUGCGCGGCGAGAUCAAGUUUCUGACCGAUGAGCUUACUGCCAUGCAUGCCUUUCUCCUGAAGAUGUCAGAGGAGGAGGAUCCUGAUGUACAGGAAAAAGUUUGGAUGAAUGAGGUGCGCGAGCUGUCCUACGGCAUGGAGGACUCCAUCGAUGACUUCAUGAAACAUGUAGAUGACAAUGACACAAAGCCAAGCAGCUUCAUGGAGAAGAUCAAGAACUUGUUGGGGAAGAUGAAGACUCGCCAUCGGAUUGCAAACGAGAUCCUAGAUUUGAAGAAACGUAUUAUCGAGGUGGGUGAGAGGACUGCAAGGUACAAAACUCGUGAUGCCUUCUCCAAAACCGUCAAUGUGACCGUUGACCCUAGAGCUCUUGCUAUCUUUGAGCAUGCCUCAAUGCUCGUUGGAAUGGAUGAACCGAAGGCAGAGCUAAUCAAACUCUUGACUGAAGAGGAUGGAUGUGCAUCGACACAACAUCAACAAGUGAAGAUGGUCUCUGUCGUUGGAUCUGGAGGAAUGGGCAAGACAACUCUUGCAAACCAAGUGUAUCAAGAGCUCAAAGGCAAACUCAAGUGUCGGGCUUUCGUGUCAGUGUCACGAAAUCCAGACAUCAUUAAUAUUCUAAGAACUAUUCUUGGUGAAGUUACCGGGCAACUUUAUACUGAUACAGAAGGAGGGAGUGUACAACAACUCCUCGCCAAUAUCUCCAACUUCCUUGUAGACAACAGCUACUUUAUUGUUGUUGACGAUAUAUGGAAGAAGCAAACAUGGGAUGUUAUUAAGUACGCAUUCCCCAUGGCCAGUUGUGGCAUAAUAAUCACCACUACUCGUGUGAAAGAUGUCGCUAAUUCAUGUCAAGCAUCAUUCGGUGGCCAUAUUUAUAAUAUAAGGCCUCUUGAUAUUGUUCAUUCAAGACAGUUAUUUCACGGAAGACUAUUUAACUCCAAAGAAAAUUGCCCUCCACACCUUAAAGAAGUUUCUGAUCAAAUCUUGAAAAAAUGUGAUGGGUUACCUUUGGCGAUCAUCGCUAUAUCUGGUUUGUUGGCUAACACGGAAAGAAGAGAGGGCCUAUGGAACCAAGUGAAAGAUUCAAUUGGCCGUGCACUUGAAAGAAAUUCUAGCGUUGAAGGAAUGAUGAAGAUAUUGUCACUUAGUUAUUUUGAUCUGCCUCCACAUCUGAAGACGUGUCUCUUAUAUGUGAGUAUAUUUCCGGAGGAUUCUUUUAUUGAGAAGAAUGAUAUCAUAAGUAGGUGGAUAGGUGAAGAAUUCAUUCACAAAGAAGGCAGAUAUACAUCACAUGAGAUAGGAGAAAGGUGUUUUAAUGAGCUCCUUAAUAGGGGUUUGAUUCAACCGGGGAAGACAAAUGAAUAUGGUGAGCUAGAGAGUUGCCAAGUUCAUGACACAAUUCUUGAUUUCAUCAUAUCCAAGUCCAUAGAAGAGAACUUUGUUACUUUACUAGGUGUUCCCAUUCUGACAAUUGGGACACAAAGCAAAGUCGUUCGUCGACUCGUUCUACAAGGAGUUAAUCAAGGAAAUUCAACAAUACAGCCAGCAGGUUUGGUGUUGUCCCAUGUACGAUCACUGAGUGUGUUUGGAGGUUUUGUGGAAAUCCCUUCUCUGGAGGAAUUCAAACAUCUGCGUGUUCUCAACUUGAGCCAUUACCAAUCAUUGGAAGAGCGUCAUCUUGAAAAUAUAGUGAGGUUGCCCCAGCUAAGGUACCUGAACGUCAAAAAUACAGAAAUAAGGAAGCUCCCAGAACAAAUCGGGCGUUUAAGUUGCCUAGAGUUGCUGGACCUAAGACACACUUGUGUAGAGGAAUUACCAGCAUCUGUUGUUAAUCUCAAAAAAAUUGACCCAUCUUCUUGUUGA